AAUUAAAAUGUUGUUACUUUAAAAUACACAUUAGUUUUAAUGUCACUUCAAUUCAAGUGCAAAGCUAAGCCAGUGCUGUCACGCCUAGCUCGAACGCAAAAUGUCAGUGAAGAGCUGCUUGCGCCUUCAUCGCUUGUGACGUCACAAUCCGCUGUUAAGCAUGAACGCUAGUUCGAAGCCUUGGCCUCGUUCUGUUAUCGAAAUGUUAGCGAAAUGUUAUCGGUGCUGAUUAUUGGAAUGCCAACUUCAGGGGGCUCACCAUGGAUCGCUGAUAUCCAUUUCGUCGUAAUCUCGCAACCUGCGUGCAGUCAACGCACUUUACCCAUUGCGGCAAGACGGCAAUUGGCUGUGCAAGCAAAAUGUGCAGUUGGCCAAAAUGCAAACAUGUAGCUGUACACGUAACACCAUAACCAUUUAGCCACUGUUUGGCGAAUCUUUAUGUUGUCAACUGAUGGCGCAGCUGACGCUGAACCAAUUAUGGACAGUCAGAAGCAGAGUUUGACAAUGAUGCCAGUGCCAAGUGCCCUGUCCAUCGUUCGCGAUGGCUUUUUAACUAUAAAUGCCCAUCGGACCUGUGGGGCAGACAUCAGUUUUACGGUUUCGUUCGUUUGGUGUAGCACGCGCAGCUGUAACUCCACUCAACAACAUGAAACCCGUUGCGUUUGUCGCUGUUGCCGUUGCCAUUGUGGGCCUAGCUGUGGCCCGUGCGCAGUCCAAUAGCUACCUGCCACCGGCACCUGUUAAGGAUCUGUCCAGCCAGAGGUUACCCGUACAGCAGAGCUAUCAGAGCUUCCAGCAGCCGCAGCAGCUCAUCGCACAGAUUGAGUCCAUCAGGCCAUCCGUAUCGCUGGGCAGCUUUACCAUCCAAAAUGGUGGCCAGUUAGGCUCCAUCAGUCAGCAAUAUCGGGCGCCAGCUGCUGCGGCACCCACUUCCAUCAGCUAUGAGGCACCCCAAACAAUUGUGGCCACAGAGACGCCCCCGAGGAACACCUAUUCGGGGUCAGCAAUUCCCACGCAGCUCUUUGUGCCAUCCGCGUCGCCUGCUGUUCAGGAGCCCGUGCCACCUGUUGAGCAAACAGUGACCGCACCAGUUGCUGCAGUAGCUCACCAAACCUACUCUGCACCUGCUCCCAUUGCUCAGCAAUCUUACUCUGCUCAAGCUCAAACGGUUCAGCAAACCUACUCCACCCCAGCUGCAGUGGUUCAGCAAACAUACUCCGCCCCAGCUCCUGUAGCUCAGCAAUCUUACUCCAGCCCAGCUGCAGCUCCAGUGGUUCAGCGAACGUACUCCGCCCCAGCUCCAGUAGCUCAGCAAACCUACUCUGCACCUGCUCCCGCUGCUCGGCAAUCUUACUCUGCUCAAUCUCAAACGGUUCAGCAAACCUACUCUGCUCCAGCUCCAGUAGCUCAGCAAACCUACUCCGCCCUAUCUCCAGUGGUUCAGCAAACGUACUCCGCCGUAGCUCCAGUGGUUCAGCAAACAUACUCCGCCCCAGCUUCUGUGGCUCAGCAAUCUUACUCCAGCCCAGCUGCAGCUCCAGUGGUUCAGCAAACCUACUCCGCUCCAGAUCCAGUUGUUCAGCAAACCUACUCCGCUCCAGCUCCAGUGGCUCAAGAGCAGUACUCUGUAGCAACAGCCGCUCCCGUUUUGCCACAAACCUACUCCGCUCCGAGUGCAAUCGUCCAGGAGAGCCAUUCGGUGCAAUCUUCUGCACAAGUGGUUCAGCAAACAUAUUCCGCUCCAGCUCUAGUGAUUCAACAGAGUCAGGCGAUUGCAACGGCCGCUCCAGCUGUCCAGGAUACCGACUCCGCUUCAGCUAGCGCGUCAGCUGCUCAUCAAACUGUGAUAACGGCAUCCGCUCCUGAGGUGCAGCAAACAUACGCUGCGCCAGCUUCAGCUCCCGCUCCGGCUCCAGUGGUUCAACAAGUACAAGAAACAUCCUUUGUAGCUGCACCCGCUCAGCAGAGCCAAUACACUGGCUACAACUAUCAGGCACCAGUAGCUCCGGUUGUCGCUCCAAUUGCUAAACAGUCCACUGCCAGCUACAGUGCACCCGAGAUUAUCUCUGCUCCGGUACCCGUGCAGUUCCAGGCACAGCAGCAGCAACAGCAGAUCUACACCACAACGGCUCAGGCUCAAGUUGACGCUCCGCUGCAAUUGCAGCAAUCGUUUGUGCCAGCCCCACCCACUCCUGUCCAGUCCGUCGAGCAGUUUACACCUACUUACAGCUACGCACCCGCCGUUGCCCAGCAGCAGCAGCUGACCUACACACAGCCUGUUUCCACAGCCGGUCUGCAGGCGGCUCCAGCCCCAGCUCUGGUGACGGCUCCAGCGACCAGCUCACUGAUCAGCAGCACGGCUAGCGAAGAAGCCAGUGUCUCGGAGACCAACACCAACUAUGCCAGCAACGGCGGCUACGUCUACGAGAGGACGAAGUAAAUGCGUUUGAACGGGCUGGCCCGACGCCGGCCGCCCGAAUUCGCAUACUCGACACCUUUAGAUGUUUCAUAAAUGAACUUUACUUAGCC